UUGCCGAUCGUGGCGAGGUUAAAGACAGAAUGCCGCCUCCCUCCUUCCCUUUCCUUCCCAAACCCUCGCGGACCAGCCAACCGGCAGAAAUGGCCCUCGCCUUCUCCGCAGCCAAACCCGCCUUCAAAAUCCAAGCCCUCCUUCAAGCCCUGAGCCCCACAAGCCCCAUCUCCGUACCCCUUCUCCUCCAUGGCUUCUCCUCCGUGCCUUCCUCCGAGCCCCCUCCGCCCGGAGACGAGACCGCCGGCGCUGCCUCGGAUGAGGGGCCCGCGGACCCACCCCGGCGGCCGAUGCGCGGAGAGCGGCGGGGCCCUGAGAAGCUGGAGGACACCAUCUGCUACAUGAUGGCCCGGCGGCCAUGGACGACCCGCCUCCAGAACUCGAUCCGGUCGCUGUCCCCGACCUUCGACCGCGACCUCGUUCUCGCCGUCCUCCGCGGCGCCCACCACCCAGACCACGCCCUCCGCUUCUUCCGGUGGGUCGAGCGCACUGGCUUCCGACACGACGCCGCCACCUAUGGCGAGAUCGUUUCCAUCCUCACCCGCAACUCCAUGCUCAACCACGCCCGCUGUCUCAUCCUCGACGACAUGCCGAAGCGCCUCGUCGACCGCGACGAGGACAUGAUCGCCGCCCUCAUCGCCGGCUACGGCCGCGCCGGCAUCCCCCAGGAGGCCGUCAAGAUCUUCCGCCGGAUGCCCGAGCUCGGCGUCACCCGCACCGUCAGCUCCUACGACGCCCUCUUCAAGGCCAUCCUCCGCUCCGGCCGCGUCAUGAUGGCCAAGCGGAUCUUCAACUCCAUGAUCCGGGAUGGCGUCGCGGCGGCGGCAUCCACCUACAAUACGUUGAUAUGGGGUUUCUGCCUCUCCGUCAAGAUGGAGACCGCGAAUAGGUUCUUUGCGGACAUGAAGGAGAGGGGAAUAGCGCCGGAGCUGGUGACCUACAACACUUUGCUCAACGGUUGGGUUCGUGCGAAGAAGAUGGAUGAUGCCGAGAAGAUGUUCGAAGAAAUGAGCACCGUCGGUCUGGCGCCGAAUUCGAUCUCCUACAAUAUAAUGAUCAAAGGAUACGUGUCUGUGGGCAAGGUCGACGAUGGGUUGCGCUUGUUCGGCGAGAUGAGCGCGAAAGGGCUGAGGCCCAGCGAGAAGACUUUUGCGGCGCUGAUGCCUGGGCUCUGCGAUGAUGUCGGGAGGGCAGAGGAGGCUCGGAAAGUUUUGAACGAGAUGGCCGAGCGCCGGCUUACUCCCAAGGAUAAGUCGAUAUUCUUGAGAUUGGUAUCUUCUCUGUGUAAGUCGGGGGACUUGGAUGGGGCAUUGGAAGUUCACCGGAAAAUGGAGCAGUUCAAACAUGUGGUAAAAGAUCCCGCGCAGUAUGGUGUUUUGCUCGAGAGCUUGUGCAAGGGAGGGAAGCAUGAGGAUGCCAUAGCAACGCUGGACGAGCUUCUUGAGAAGGGGACGCUGCUGGAUCCCCGGACUCCGGCUCUGGAGGACUCAGCUUAUGAUCCGAUGAUCGAGUAUCUAUGCGGCCACGGUCAGACACAGAAGGCGGAGGACUUGUUCAGGCAGUUGAUGAAGAAAGGGAUAGAUGAUAAAAUGGCAUUCAACAAUCUGAUCCGUGGGCAUGCAAAAGAGGGGGUGCCGGAGUCUGCAUUGGAGAUGCUCAACAUCAUGACCCGCCGUGGGGUUGCGACCGAUGCUGAUUCCUAUGCCUUGCUCGUCGAGAGCUUCUUGAAGAAAGGAGAGCCUGCCGAUGCUAGGACGGCACUGGAUGGCAUGAUCGAGCAAGGGCACCUGCCGAGCCCGUCUCUGUUCCGUUCGGUGAUGGUUGGGCUGUUUGAUGAUGGCCGAGUUCAGACAGCGAGUCGGGUGAUGAAAAGCAUGAUAGAGAAGGGGGUGAAGGAGGAGAACAUGGACAUGGUCCAUAAGAUCCUCGAAGCCCUCCUCAUGAGGGGUCAUGUGGAGGAGGCUCUUGGGCGCAUCAAUCUAAUGAUGAUGAAUGACUCUCUUCCUGAUUUUGAUGGCCUGCUGGCUGCUCUCUGCGACAGUGGAAAGGCGAUUGAAGCCCUCAAGCUGGUGGAUUUUGGCUUGGAGAGGGACUGCGACAUCAGCUUCUCGAGCUAUGACAGGGUGCUGGAUGCGCUCUACACUGCAGGGAAGAUAUUGCCGGCAUAUUCGAUCCUGUGCAAGAUCAAGGCAAAGGGAGGGGUCGUGGAUAAGAAGGGGUGCGAGGCGUUGAUAAAAAGCCUCAAUGAACAGGGGAACACAAAGCAGGCGGAUAUCUUAUCAAGGAUUCUGGCAGGGAAGGCACCCCUGGAGGCUAAGAAGGGUAAAAAGGUUGCAGCCCACCCAUAUUGAAGCGGUUAAGGUUGGAUCUGUUACAACUCGGCCCGUCGCAUUUUGUUCCUUUUUCUUGGAUCCAGGAGUUAGAAUAUGCAACAUAAAACCAGUUGGAUGCUGGCUGCUGACUGCUGUGAUUUUGUUUUAGAAGAUGGACGAUUUCUCCAUUAUAUGCUCCAGUUGUUGUCUGUUUUAAUCUGCAAAAUCGAUAUCAAGGUUCUUUGGUA